GUUUUGUGGCUUGGGUUGUCUGUAGGAAGGAGUUUUAUCAGUAGCUGUGUCUUUUAGAAGUUCCGAGUGUUAGGGAUCCAUCUUGCCGGUCCGAGGUCCAAGAUGGACAAAGUUUGUGCGGUUUUUGGAGGCUCCCGGGGAAUCGGCAGGGCGGUAGCCCAGCUAAUGGCCCAGAAGGGUUACCGUCUGGCGAUCGUCUCCAGAAACCUGGAAGUGGCCAAAGCCACCGCCGGCGAGCUCGGCGGAAACCACUUGGCAUUUAGGUGUGAUGUUGCCAAAGAACAAGAUGUUCAGAGUACAUUUCAAGAGAUGGAGAAACAUUUAGGUCCAGUAAAUUUCUUGGUAAAUGCAGCCGGUAUCAACAGAGACGGUCUUCUAGUGAGAACAAAGACUGACGAUGUGAUAUCUCAGCUGCACACUAACCUCCUGGGCUCCAUGCUGACGUGUAAAGCUGCCAUGAAGACCAUGAUUCAGCAGGGGGGAUCUAUUGUUAAUGUGGGGAGUAUUAUUGGUUUGAAAGGCAACGUGGGCCAGACCGCGUACAGCGCCACCAAAGGAGGGCUUGUUGGGUUUUCUCGGUCGCUUGCUAAAGAGGUUGCACGGAAGAAAGUCAGGGUGAAUGUGGUUGCACCAGGAUUUAUUCGCACGGAUAUGACAAGACACUUGAAAGAAGAACACUUCAAGAGAAACAUCCCUCUUGGGAGGUUUGGAGAAACUCUUGAGGUAGCACAUGCCAUUGUGUUUCUUUUAGAGUCACCAUACAUCACAGGCCAUGUUCUUAUCGUGGAUGGAGGAUUGCAGCUCACCAUCUAAUUAGAGAUGAUGUUAACUGUGAUGGCGCUUUGGGUCAAGCACACAUUUCCCUAUUAAUUAAACAAUCCCAUCUAUAUGGGUGACAUUUGCUAAUGGAAACAAAUCAGCUAAUGGAUGCUACAAAGGAUUCCAUCUGUGUAUGAACAUGUCUCAAAAAACAAAGUGUAACCAGUUGUAAUCUAAAGGGGGUGAAUUCUCUGUCUUAUAGACCAUGGACAUUUUUAAGGGUUAUUGUGAUACACCCGAAUCAAGCUGGAUAUUAAAGACUUCAACCUUC